AGUAGGAGACUUCCGUGAAGUGUAGCGCGGUUAGAGAUGUAAACAAAACUGCUUUGGGCGUACUGAAAUAAGCUAAUUCUUUUUUAUAAUGUUAACUAACAGUAUCACAAAUCUAGGUCGUCUGGCUUAAAGUCACCUUCAGCCUUCCUGUCAGAGUUAGCUUUGUCAACUUAGUGCAGAGGGAGAAGCACGCUAAGGUGUCCAUAGAGACAGUACAACAAGGUUUAAAGUUUAGUGAACCAGAUGGAGGCUUCUUUGGAAUCAAUGCAGAAUCCCGAUUUAAGAUGUCUGUUUGGUCCUUCCAGCUCUGUCCUGUCCUCGUGUGAACCAGAGCUGCAGGAGCUGAUGCGACAGAUUGACAUUAUGAUCAAUCACCAGAAGAGAGAGUGGGAGGCUGAGAUCCAGGCUUUAGAGUUGAAGCUGAAGAGUGGAGAACAUGAGCUUCUGACCUCAAAGAAUGUCAUUGAACGGAGGGACCUGGAGAUUGGAUUACUUCGCAAGCAGCUUGAAGACAACCAGACCGACCGGCAGGAGUUAGUUUCCAAGUACGAGCAACAACUGCAGAAAGUUCGGGAAGAGUUGGAUAAAUUAAAAAGAAGUUACCACAAGCUUCAGCACAAACAGUUAAAGCGUGGAGGAGCCAAAGAGACGGACCUUUCAAAGCAACGUCAUCAGCACUCUGCAGACUGGGAGCAGCAACGUGCCCAGUACCAAAAACAGCUGACAACACUGGAGACCCAGAAUAAGAACCUGACUGAUGAGCUCUCACAUGUGAAAUCCCAGUGGCGAGAGGAGAGGGAGCACAGGCAGUGCUGCUUGGAGGUGCAGCAUCUGCAGACUGAGCUGGAGAGAGCUCAGGACACCAUGCACUCGCAGGAACUGGAACUGGAGCGCCUCAGACCAUUUGAGACAUUGUUGGGACAGUACCAGAGAGACCAGCAGCAGCUGUCAGAGGAUCGGGAGGAGCUCCGCGCCACGCUGGACUCCCAGGACACAUCUGUGCGUAGAACCAGUCUGGAGCGUCAAAGGCUUCUCAAUGAAGCUGCCAAACUCAGACAAGUUCUGCAGGCUAAAGAUCAAGUCAUCCGCUCUCUGGAGGACUGUCUGGCAGCUCAGGGCUGUGCUGGUGUGGAAACCCUCAGACUGGAUCUGGAGCGGACUGCAGCCAAGCUUCAGUGCUCCCAAGCAUGUGAGGUCCACCUCAAGGCUGAGCUCGCAUGUGUCACAGAGAGACUGGAGAACCUGAGCAGGCAGAGACGGGAUGACUCCAAAACGGAGCAAGAACUGAGAAACCUGAAAGCAGAAUGCGACUCAGCUGUUGCUGAGAUGAAAAAGCUCAGAGAGGAGCUUCAGAGGGUCCGGCAGACUCACAGUGGUGAGGUGGAGGGGAUGAGGAAGGAGGUGUCGAAGCUGACCAGCGAGCUGCACCAGCGCGACCUCGCUGUCGCCACGCUGAGCAGCUCCUCGUCCAGCAUCAGGCAGCAGCUGCUAGGCGAGGUGGAGCGAGCAGAACAGAAAGCAGCCCAGCUCAAAAUGAUGCAGACGCAGCUGGAAACUCUUCAAACUGAGAACCAACAUCUGAAGAGUCUGUUGCAGAGACAGCAGUCUCCUUCACCCGAGAGGCGAGAUCUACCUUUCGCUUCGCUGAGGGAGAGCCAUGUUUCCUCGCCGAGCAGCCUGGAGCUGGAGAAUCCUCGGUUACGACACACACUUGCCUCGAUGCAGAUCUCCAACCAGACAUGUCAGGAAAAGUAUGAACGAGCUCUGCUCAGCCUGGCCGUAACCGAGCAGCCGCAGCCUCCUAGCAACAGGCUUCAGGUGGAUUCACAGGCCAUGAAGUCUAAACCGCAGGAGAACACCACUCGCCAUGAAGGGGAGGUCCAGAGGCUCUUUAAAGAGCUUCAGACUCUGUCUCGGUCCCCAACCCAAGACACCAGGCCUCUCUCCUCCUCCUCCUCCUCCUCCUGCAACAGCAGUGCAAGACCGAUUGGGAGAAAUUCUGUGACCUCGAGCCCCAACGGAUCUGCUGCCGACGGACAAAGUUCAAGCACUGAAGGCUCUCUGAUCUCAGGUUCCAGAGACAAAGUGAUUCCCUCCCCCUCUUCAGAGCAGCCUUUGUCGGUGUCACCUGCAGGCAGCAUGGUGGCUCGUUUCCUGGAGGAAGAGAGGUUGCAGUCUGACGAGCUGCUGCAGAAACUGGACAGCCACAUCCACGGUAUGAGCGCGAGCAUCCUCAGGACAGUGUCCAGGUACCUGGAGAGUGGCUCUGGGUCCGAGACUGACCGGAGAGAGCGGCCAGUGAUGGAGCCCCAGCAGUAGACCUGAUGAUGUUCCUGUGUCUUAUCUAACUUUAAAAAAUUCAGCUGAUGAGCAGGUUUUUUUUAACAUGUUCUGCACAUUAAUUCCGAGCAGGGCAGAAUUCAUCCAUGUGCCAACUGGAGGGGAAGUCAUGUAAUGAUUGAAUGUUUAUGCAGAAACUCUAGAUUUAGUCAUCUUGCUGCUAAGAAGUCAUCUUAAAGUUUUUUAAAUUUGCUUCAACUCCUGUGGAAAGAGACAAUAAAUAACUGUUCUUAAUUCAUCAAAUAAGCUGGGUUUAUAUUCUGUCCUCUUCAUUGCUGUUUUAGGCUUUCUGUGUUUACACCAGAGAUGACUCAGGUACUGAGAUUCAGUAGGCAAGCUUUGCUUUCUGAGUUUAACCCAUAACACCCUUCUUUUGUGUAGAUCUGUUAGGAUUUUUAGUUCUUUCUGCUUAGAAAUAUCUAGAAAGUAGAAACUGAUUAUGGGAGAUGACUUCCAGAAAAUGUGAUCAGAUCACAUGUAUCUUUCAUCAUGUGUGUCAUAUGUGAGCUUCAGUCUGUCUGAUUGAGAACGGUGCUGCUGUGGUUGACUUUCAUUAAACCUUAAAACUGCAGAAGAUUUUUAGCUAA